AUGGCGACGUUCAACUUGUUAAUAACAGCAUUCAUCUUGAGUGAAAAUAGCAUUGGUAUCUUACCGCACGGCAAGUCUUAUCAAGGCCUAUCAACGCGUGGACGUUUUACUUCACGAUGUAUGAAUCUUUCACUCAGCUCACAAAUAAGUAUCACACAUUUUCAAAACACUAUCGACGGCGAAAGUCAUGAAUGCUCAGACAUGCGUUCUGAUCUAUGCGAUAGGACACCACGAGAGCUGCUUCUGUUCCUGUGGAUGCAUCAUGAUUGCUCGUCAUCGCCAAUGUCUGCAACUCGCGUUCAACUUGAUCCCCGACGCCUCGUGGUGGUCGCAUAUCCUAAGCUUUAG